UAUGUCUCAACCAGAAUUAAUUAGCGAUCUGGACGUACCUGAAAAUCCACAGCAUCCCUGUCAGUGUUCCGCGAUCAACAAUAUGGACCCUAUGAGAACACCGAGAGAUAGAAUAGAAAGGAAUGUGAAUAAUACCAGAAUUUCCAAUAAUCAAGAUCUUUCGCGAAAUCUAGAGACCUUACAAAGCGUUUUCGAGCCGGUACGAAGGUUGGAAAGUCCCCCCCAAGAUAAAUCGCAGAUCAAUUUGGAUAAUACCAGAAAUGCUGAUCUUUUGGAACAUCAAGCAAAUAUAUCAUCUAAUUCAAGAUCGAUGAACAAUCAGAAUUCGAUGUUAUCUCUUCAUGGACAUAAUCUUUCGUGCAGUCCUCGUAACUUGGAUUUGUCACGAAAUCUGGCUUUUGAGGCGGCUCGAAGAGUUCAAGAAACUUCGAAUCUGCAAGACAACCAACACAGUUUAACUUCGAGUCCCAGUCCCUUGCUCGAAACAGGGCCGAACUUGUUGGAAACACCUAACAAAGAAUUGGACAAGCAGCUGGAAGAUCAUACCAGCUUGUCAUUGCAGAAGCAAAGUUCCAGCAAAGAGAAGCUAAAAAACGUGCAGCAGGUGUUGAAUCCUUAUCAGCAUCAUCACGAAUCCACGGCGGUAGAGCGUAGUGUUCAUGGACAUUUUCACGGCGAUAUACACAAUCACAUUCACAAGCAUGCUGACAAUUUUAGAAACAACACAAAUUUAGAUGGCGAAAGCUUGAUGGGCUUUCAGCAACAUCAGCGGCAGCAUACGCAUCAUCAUCACAACAACGCAAAAACAAAUGUUUCGCACCAUCAUGGAUCUGGCACACAUCACACGCACACGCAAGGGAUGACCGGACAUCAUCACGGAAGUCUAGCAACUAGUCUUACUAGCCAUGUUCAUGGAAAUUCUGCUCCCUUGAGCGGAUCAAGCGGCUCUAGUUCCAUGAAUCAAACUAACUCUGCAGCUUCUAUUGGACACCAUCAUCCAACUGCGAUGCCUAUCGCGACCACAAUAAAUCAUUUGAACUCUCCUCACAGUCAUCAUCGAUUGAAUGCCGGCUCUAGCUUGGCUCAUCAUUCGAAUCCUGUUUUUCCCAGUGAUCAUCAUAGUACUUCGGGUGCUCUGAGCGGCGCGUCGUCGAAUUCGAGCAUGAUGAACCACGGCGGAUCACCCACAGUGCAUCGGCACGUGGUGAAUGUUAACAGUAGUUUAUCGACGACACCAUUGGGUGGUCAUCAUCAUGGCAGCUCGUCAGGUAGUCUAACCGGUCAUUCCAGCGUGAACCAUCAUCACGUCAGCUCCGGUAUAUCGUGCGAGUCCUCAUCGUCGAACGCAAAUACUAGGACGCACAGCAGAUUGGAUCACGUUCAUGAUCAUCAUCAUCACUUACAAACGGUGCAUCCGUUGCACGCGAGUCAUCCCGAUACCAGACCGAGAGAUCGGGCGCCCUCGAGCCUGGAUCAUCACGGACACCUUCACGGUCACGUGCAUAAUCACUUGCAGAAUGACACUAAAAACGUGUCUCUCAUGGGCGUCGAUGCCAUUCAGGUUUCGGCCCCAACAAAGAAUAAAUGUCAAUGUCACGUAAUGCAACAAUCCGGAGGAAACAACGGAGGAACCGAAGGCGAAAGUGAUGGAGGCGCCGAAGUGGCAUCAAGAACACAUCAACCCCCUGCUCUCCCGCCACGUCCACCACCGAGACCAACAAGACGUUACGAGACGACUACUUCUAAUCAAUGUCACACCGGCGAAGGUGGCUGCUGCAAGAAGUACGUUGUCCUCUGCUACCUCUGCGGUGGACUGAGCGCGGCAGUCGGCAGCCUCUUUUUGGCGGUGCACGCGAUCCUUUCGGCCCACACGGACAGUCUAGCGCUCUUCGAGACCGUGCCGUCUUACAUUCCUGGCGUUAUGUUGAUCCUGAUGGGUUUCUUCACAAUGCUGUUAGCUAGACGAAAGCACAGAUACGGACUUCUGAUGAAAGUCUGCGGUUCCGUGGGAGUGGUGUGCGCGCUGGUGUGCGUGCUCGUCACCGUCACGACCACGGUAAUUCACAUGUCCCGAUUGCAGAACCUUCGCGAGUGCGUUUACACUGCGCGCGCGAGAUCGUGCACGUGUUACGGUGCACCACAAUCGAAGGGAGAUCCCGGUGUGCUUUUCGAGGGAACACCUCACUGCGAGGCGGUGCACGGUGCAUUAUCGGACUGCCUGCGGGCUCUUUUCGGCGUCUCGGUGGCCGGUAUACUGGCCUGCAUAUUCUCGUGCAUGCUCGUGUAUCAAUUGUUGAGCCACGAGAAGAAGAAGAUGUACUGGGAGCAAUUGGAGCUGAGAUGCAGAUCAUUGUACGGUCAAGGCGGUACCGUGGGACCAACGGCUGGAUCCUGCGGAUGCUGCAACGAUUGCGGAAGUACGAAUCCGUGGUGGGCCCAAACACCAGGAAAUCUGUACACGCCGAAUCCUGAUAUGGCGCCAUCCAGGAGAUGGCGAUUACCAUGGUCCAGAUCAAGAGGUCCAGCGCCGAGCCCAGAUUCGAAUUAUGGCUUUCAUACGCAAACACGUCCAACGGAGACCAAUGCAGAGAGCGGAACUGGCCCUUAUAGUGUCUUUAACUCGCAAUCGAGUGGUCCUUAUUCAGUUUUAAAUGCUCCAAAUGCCCCAUACACUCCCAGCACUGCAUCAUACAGUGUUUUAGAAACUCCAGUGCCAUUGUGGGGACCGCCACCACCAUACAGCGAUCCUAAUAGUCCUGCCAGACGACCACAAAUGGCCGAAUCGAGAGCCAGAAUUGCCAAGAGGAUGGACAAUUUUGAAAACAACGAAGAUCAUAGAUCGAGAUCUGCAAAGCGUCCUUCCGAUAAUUAUGAGAAUGCCGAGGAGAUUUCUAAUAGCACGGAUCCUGAGGGCGGGAACGAAGGAACUAUCAAAGGUAGGAGAGCAAGAAAGCCUUUGAAAGGUGUGGAAAAUGGGGCAUUUCAACAAGAAACGAAUCCCGGGCCAAAACAAUCCGAGAGUGAAUUAUAUUUCGGUGACGUGUCUUCGUGUUGCGGACCCGAGAGUAGUUUUUACGAUCUGGCUGUGGAAAAAGAAGGUGCAGAACAUCCGGAAGGUGUAGAUUAUCUGGCAACUAGACUAGGCAAGCGUCAACUAUCGAAGAGGUCCCGAUUACCUCUUCCCUUGCCUUCGGAUAACAGCGACAUUCCCUGUGACAAUUACGCGAAUAGCGAUGAACCGAGAAACGCGAGAGGUCCAUUCCUUGCUCCCGAUGCACAAUACGAGGUAAUUCAACAAGGUCGUUACUCCUAUUACGGAUCAAAGGAAGACGAGGAACUGCAAGAAGGUCCAACGAGUUCCAAUUAUUUUCGAGAAGAUGAAAAUGAAAGGGGACGUGAGAGGGAUUACAGAGAUUAUAGAAACAGCCAAGAAGAAGAAACGCCGCAGUGUUGUUUGAGCGAUUCUACGACUUUGGAUUCUGGUUGGCAAAGCGGAGAACAACAGCAAUCGGAUGAUAAUGUUCGGCCAGUGAAUGUGUGAUCUUAGGUCCUUAAAAUUCUUAGCGAAAAAGGUGACAAACAAUCACCGAUUUCUUGUGAAUAGGUAUUACUAGAAAGCUAUUAAGUCGAAAUAGCGAAGAAAAUGCGACAAUAGUUUCUGAUCUGUGAAUAAUUUAGAUCACUCGUAGGUUCUUAAGCAAACCUGUUCUUAAGCAAACAAGAGAAUAAUUUAAAUUGCUGCGAAUCUAAUCGAAAUAGAGAGGAGGAA